UCCGACAUCAUCGACUUCGAGGAGGACCACAUGGAGCACGAGCAGGAGGGCGUGCCAGGAACGGCCGUGGAGGGCGAGUACUCGUGGGUAGCGCCCGACGGGAACGAGUACCACGUCAAGUACGUCGCCGACCGCUUCGGUUACCGCGUCGUCGAGGACAACGUUGUGCCCAGGAUGCGUUAUGACGUGUUUGAAGUCAUUGCAUGGUUCUUUGCAUCUUUAUAUUUUACUGUAGGGUCAUAUUCAUCAGUGGCUUCGUUAAGUUAGUAGUAUAUGAUUUAAAAUGCGGCUCUAUACACUUAUUAACUUGUGUACUCGUAAUUCAUCAAAUAUUUAACGAACAUUACUAUGUAAAUUGA